CGUGCAGAACUCCGUCGAAGAAGAAAACGCUUCUGCUGGUCGGUGGAAAACGAAGACAUCAGGUUCGGCUUCGUCGCACUUUGGCACGACGAGGAAAACAACCAAGAUCGAUGAGGAGGCGUGGAGACGAUUAGAGCAACAGGCGGAGAAAGAGUACAAGGAGUACAUGGAAAUGCGAGCAGAGCAAGAAGCGAAUUACAGUCAGAAAAAGCAAGAGGUUCACGCCCGUUUGAGGGAGGAAAUCGAGCAAACCCAGUUCCAUUGUCUUGACAAGGUGGACGCAGCACUGGCCAGGAGCGGGCGCGAGCCUGCGAGCAAAGCGGCCACGGCAAAGCUGGCGGGGACGAGACGCAGGGAGAUCGAACAACUACUGAAGGAAACCAAGCCAAUAUGGUCCGGCUGUUUAGCGGACAAGUCGUGGCAGGAGAGCGUGCUGCACUUGGAGUUUUUUGCCGUGUUUCUGAUGGCACGGGAAGCCAUGUGGGGGCACAAACUGCAUUGCGAGGAGCAGCAAAAGCUGCUUUUCUCUGCAGCGGCUCGCGCGAUGGCAUGGGGCGGGGACUUUUGGCGACAGCAG